AUGAAUAUAAAUGUUAGUAAUGAUAAGAUAAAAGAAUAUCAACUUAAAAUGUUACAAUCUAAUAGAGUCAAUAAGAAAAGAUUUACAUUGGAUAGAAUGAAAGAUUUAAUAAUGCUAUCAGAGUUUAACAACGAAAUAGAUGGCUUGUUGAAUCAACAGACAUCGGAUAUCGAUAUCGACGGUCUAGAGUCACUGGACAACCGAUUGCAAUCGAUACUCUACGAGAAGGAUCUAUACGCUUCGAAGCUGCUACAGCUAGAGUCGUCACCACCGUUCGAUAUCAACGACCCUUCGCUCAAUCUCUCGAAGGAAUCCGCUUUCUUAGAGACCAACGCCUAUCACUCGGAACACCAAUCGAACAAGAUCAUCGAGCGUCUGGAAUGGGAGAUUGAAAUACAAUCUUAUAAAAACAUUGAAUAUAGUCAAAUCGAUAUCGAUAUAAAAUGUAUGGAUUCGUCAAUACAACAACAACAACAACAACAACAGCAACAACAGGAUUCAAUGGAUAUAUCAUCACCACACUUUAAAUCAUAUAUUCUUACACCUUCAAAUAUUUAUGUGUCGCUCAAGAUCACUUCAAACAACGAUGACAAUCAAAUUCGCUUGGAAUUCUACUACUAUCCGACGUUGAAGAUCGUCACCGUACUUCCAAUGUUAAACGACAAUGAAGAAGAUGGUCAACAGGUUCUAGAGAGUAUAGAUAUCAAUGAUCGAGGUCUUACAACUCCAAAUCAAUCGAAUCAUUUCAUAUUUGGAAAUGAAACAUUUUCAUUAUCUACACACAAAUUAAAAGGUAGACCAUUUAAAUGGGCACAAUAUAUCACAGGUCUGUCAUUUUUGCCAGAAAUCAGUAUGGAAGAUCUUCAUAACAAGAACUAUCACCUUUAUAACUUUAAACCAAAGACUACCAAUGAAAUCAUGAAAUUGGUAAUCAAUCAAAUAAAUCAAUAUAAUGUUUAA